AUGUUUCGUCGUGGUACCAAACGACCACGCUUCAGUCUUGGUGGCCAUCCUAUCCUUGACCAUGACGAUUCAUCGAAUCAUUCAGGCCUUGGUAUGCCUGAAUACGAAGAAGAUUCAUUGUCUCAGCAACAUCAGGCAACAACAGCUAGCAAUUUAGAUUCCAGCUUUUCCUAUGGUCAUUUCGCCCCGGAUCGGCCACGACGUGCACCGAAAUCUAUUACAAAAUCUCAUCAAGAUGAUAACACGAAUUUGAACGCAUGUCUCGAUCAUCUCUUAAGAAUUCUUUCACGAAAAGAUAAACAAGGGUUUUUCCAAUAUCCGGUCACUGAUCAAUUUGCACCUGGUUAUUCUACAAUAAUUACCCGUCCAAUGGAUUUUUCGACGAUGAAAAAGAAAAUCAGUCAGGAUGAUUAUUAUAAUAUCAUUGAAUUUCGUGCAGAUUUUGAGUUGAUGUGUGAAAAUGCAAUGAAAUACAAUCGUCCUGAUACGAUCUAUUGGCAAGCUGCAAAGAAACUUCUGGCCACUGGAAGUAAACUAAUGAACAAAGACAAAAUACUUGGUUUUCGCCGUAGUUUGGAAUGCUUUUCACGUUUAACCGAACGAGAAUUAGGUUUCCGUAUUGAUGCUUCGAAUCAUUCAACCGAUGAACAAAUAAGCAACUCCACUGAACAGUUAGAUUCAUCUACAGCCGACACGGACAAUCUUUCUUCGAUGAGUGUCAGCCAAGCAUGUUCUCAGCGAAAGCCGAAAUUGAUAUUAAAGUUACCCAAGUUUUGCGAAAAGAUUCCCGCAGUCAUACCUGACGAAGAAGAGGAGGAGGAGGAGGAGGAAGAAUACUCUCCAGAAGAAAUACUCCUUCAGGCGAAACAAGCUGCUCUGAGCGCGCGAGAAAAAUUAAAAUUACGCCCGACAAUAUGUUCGUAUGCAUUAGCAUAUCAACGUGCUAAUGCCAAAACUUCUCUUCUUUAUGUUAAUCAAGAUGAUUUCUCUCAACAAAUAGUUACACUGAGUGAAACCAACGUGCUGUCAACAAAUGAAAGUGCUUCGAUCUCUUCAGCAUUACCAGUUGUGAAUGGCAAUGAACAACAAACUUAUUUAGCGUCGAAACACUAUUUAGAAAAUGGGCCCUUUUCAUCGAAUGCAUCGCAGUGUGAUUCAACGUUUUCAUCGAUGCCUAAAGAAGAAUUGGAUCUAUUGAUACAUACAUAUGGGAGUGAAUUUUCAGCGCAAUAUGCUGUCUCAUUGAUGGAUUAUGUCAAAGACGCCGGAGAUUUAGCCUUAGCUUAUGUUGAUAGGUUUUUAUCGGUGCUGACAAAUGGUGAACACGAUAAUUUUACCAUGAAAAAACGAGACAAGCCACCUAAAGUCGAAGAAAAUGAGAAUCCUGUGUAUCAGACAACGCCAGCUAAUAUUUUACCAAGUGAUUCAACAUUGGAUACGUCGACUCAAAUCAAACAAGAAGCAAUCAUGAAUGUCGAUGGUAAUUUACACCAGCAACAGUUGAAUUCGACAUUUGAUGACGAUUUCAAAUACCAAAUGCAAUUUCGUCAAACCCAAUACGAACAUUCAUCGCAAUCACAGCAACACCAGUCAACGAACGACUAUGAUCUCGCGGAAAAAGCUCUUUUUGAUCUCCCACAGAUACCCAAUGGAACCGACCCGGGACUAUCAUCAGAAUCCAUCCAUCAUAAUUUAGACAUGAUGCACAGCAAUGAUUCGACAUUUGACACUCUUUUUUAUUUCUUGUGCAAUCGAAUCAUGUCGAAAUCUGGUCAAACACUUCGAAUUCCACCGAUUCGUCCUAUACCUGAAUUUGUCGGCGGAAAUGAUUGGGUCAUCCCUGCAUUCAAUCCCAAAGACUUUGGUGCACUUCAAAAGCAAAUCAUCUCGAACCUGAUCUACUAUCAAUCAAACUACGGUGCCGUGGCAGUCACAUUUCUACUACUAGUCGCGUUCUUUCGUCCAACAGCUCUUAUUUUCGGUUUGAUUGUCGUUGCCGGUCUCAUCGCAGGCUAUGUCUACGCAACUCGUCAAAAGAUUGCUUUGCCACCAUUUUUACAUGAUCGUCCGAUCUUCAUUCUUGCUCUCGUUUUGGUUACUGGCUUCGUCGUCACUCGAAUGUUUGGAACCAUGUUCGUUUUUCUCUUUGGUAUUGCUUUUCCGUUAUCAGCCAUCGUUGCUCAUGCAAUUGCUCGUAAACCAACGUUACAAAAUAAAGCCGAAAAUACUGUUGAAAAUUUGUCAUUACAAUCAACACCCAUGGGUCUUUUACUUACGUGGUUAGGUGCUCAAGCAGCUGCUGCUGAAGAAUCCACCCCAACAACCAAACGCAAAUAG